UAAACCCUUCCCUGGGUUUAAGCCCUGUUUCCAUUUCUCUGGGUACCGAAAUGGCUACGAGAAUCCUACUCUCAAGAACAUCCCUCAAGAAUUUCAAUCACUUCCUUCAUCCUCCUAUCCACGAUUCCUCAUCCUCCUCCUCUCAAUUCCUCAGAAGCCUCUGCUCUCUCGUUUCCCGACAAUUCAAUUCCCGCCAUGCCAAGAACCCUCAUCCUGGGUAUUCCAGGAGCAUGGUCUCUGCCUCAAGCUACAAUCUUGACGAGAAUCCGAGCUUGGGUCUCGAUACCCGUGUUCCGGCGACCAUUAUCACCGGCUUUCUCGGUUCCGGAAAGACUACAUUGCUCAAUCAUAUACUAACAUCUCAACAUGGGAAGCGGAUUGCGGUGAUAGAAAAUGAGUUUGGUGAGGUGGAUAUUGAUGGGUCAUUGGUUGCUAGUCAUUCAUCAUCAAAUGAAGACAUUGUCAUGGUUAAUAAUGGUUGCCUGUGCUGUACUGUUCGGGGUGAUCUAGUAAAAAUGCUCUUGCAAUUGGUUAAGGAAAAGCGAGACAAGUUUGAUCAUAUUGUCAUAGAAACCACAGGCCUCGCUAAGCCAUCUCCUGUUAUAGAAACGUUUUGUAUGGAUGAGCUAGUUUCACGACAUGUGAAACUGGAUGGAGUUGUUACUUUGGUGGAUUGCAAGCAUGCAAUGCAGCAUCUGAAUGAAGUUAAACCAAGAUUUGUGGUGAAUGAGGCAGUAGAACAAGUUGCAUAUGCUGAUCGUAUUAUAUUGAACAAGAUAGAUUUGGUAACCGAGGCGGAGUUAGAGACAUUGACCAAGAAAAUCAAGCAUAUCAAUGGGAUGGCGCAAAUCAAGCUAGCUAAAUUUGGAUCCGUGGACAUGGACUUUGUUCUGGGUGUGGGAGGAUAUGAUCUCGAAAGGAUUGAUAAUGAAGUUCAAGUCGAUAGUUCCUGUACUUCCUCACAUCACCAUGAAGCUGGACAUGAACAUGACAACCAUCACCACGACCAUGUACAUGAUUCUACUGUCUCAAGUGUCAGUAUUGUUACCGAGGGAACCCUUGAUCUUGAUGAGGUGGAUGACUGGUUGGAAAGACUUAUUGAAGAAAAGGGGGAGGACUUGUACAGGAUGAAGGGCGUUUUAUGUGUUAACGGUUCUGAUCAACGUUAUGUUUUCCAGGGAGUGCACUCUACGUUGGAUGGGUGCCCAGGGGGCACAUGGGGACCCGAUGAGAAGAGGAUUAACAAGCUUGUGUUCAUAGGAAGGAAUCUGGAUGAAACUAGUCUUAGGAAAGGUUUCAGAGGUUGUAUAGCAUGAUCAAAAUAGUUUAUGAAUGUGUGUGAUCACCUAAUGAGUUGAAAAUGCCCAAGAGUCGGUUGUGAAAACUCAGAAUUUGGUCAAGAGAUUACAAUGUUGUUACAGACUUGAGACUCAGGAAGUGUGUGAUCCACAAACUCGUGAGAAACUUUAGGUAGUUGCGGAAUAGGGCUUGGGAACAGGUAUGGAUCCUUUCCCUGGUUUGGUAAGUCCAUACAUGUGAUUAGUAUUUAUCAUAUGACUAACAAGUACGAAAAGUUAUUAGUUGACAUAACUCUCUCACUCCCAUUUAUGUGAACUCAAAUAUGAUA